AUGCCUCCCAAGGAUAAGAAGCCGCCAGCGCUGAAGCUGUUUAUGGUCCAGCUCAAGAACAUCCAGACGGCUUUGGACGACAUCUUCAGAUUCGUGCAGAACUACCAGCCGACUUGUACUGUUAGCGCAAUCAACAUUCGUCUGCAGCGAAUCGAUGAGUUGUGGGGGCGGUACGAGGAGACGUUGAAUGACAUCCAGGCUCACGAUGACUUCGAGGAUGAGGAAGGAGAGUUUGAUGAGGCUAGGUUAAGGCAUAGCGAUAAGUAUUAUGAAUGUAAGGCUUUUCUUAUGGAUAAGGUCAAGGAACGGGCGGGACCUGAUGACGGAGAUUCGUCGAUACGAGGAAACGAGACGUUGCCACAUGGGCAUGGUACACUUGAUCAUGUUCGUUUGCCUCAAAUCAAGCUCCAGAAUUUCAACGGGGACAUUGACGAAUGGAUCAGCUUUCGGGACUUGUAUACCUCUCUCAUCCAUAGAAAGACGGACUUGCCUGAAGUGGAGAAAUUUCACUAUUUGAAGGGUUGUCUUCAAGGUGAGCCAAAGAACCUUAUCGAUCCCUUGAAGAUAACGAAAGCAAACUAUCAGGUGGCUUGGGAUUUGCUGAUUAAGAGGUACGAUAACAGCAAGUUGUUGAAGAAGCGUCAAGUACAAGCCUUGUUCAACUUGCCAACAGUAGUUAAGGAGUCGGUAGUGGAUUUGCAUACCCUGAUGGACGGGUUCGAGAGAGUGGUCCAGAACUUGGAUCAAGUGGUUAAACCCGAGGAGUACAAGGAUCUUCUACUUGUUAACUUGCUGACAACUCGGUUGGAUCCUGUAACUCGAAGAGGAUGGGAAGAACAUUCAUCCAUCAAGGAACAGGACACUUUGGCAGAUCUAACUGAUUUCAUGCGUCGUCGGAUACGAAUCCUGGAAUCACUCCCAACGAAGACUUCGGACAGCAAGGGAUCCCAUCAAUCGCAACAGCCAAUGAAGAUGAAGUCGUCAGCUGUGAAGGCCAGCUACGGCUCCGUACAAUCGUCUGGGGGACGAUGUAUGGUUUGUAAGGAGAACCAUCCACUUUAUCAGUGUUCUUCUUUUCAACGGUUGUCGGUGCGAGAGAGGGAGGCGGUGUUGAGAUCGAACUCUCUGUGUAGGAAUUGCCUCCGGCCGGGUCACAUAGCGAAGAAUUGCCCGUCUAAAUAUUUCUGCCGCAGCUGUAAAGGUCGUCACAAUACAUUGGUGUGCUUCAAAUCUGGGAAAGAUGUAUCAGCGAAGGUUGCUGCUGCUACGGAACGCAACAAUUCUCCUCCUCCGGAUGCUGGCGAGCAUUCGGGUUCGACAUCCGCCCAGGUGGUGAACGUGGUCGCCACCGAUUCUACAAUAUCUGGUGCAGCUCAGCAGUUCUCCUCCCAUGUACUUCUGGCCACGGCGGUCAUUAUCGUGGAAGAUGACGAGGGUAGCCGAUUUCCGGCUCGAGCGUUGCUGGACUCCGGCUCUGAAAGCAAUUUCAUCGCAGAACGGUUGAGCCAACGACUGAGGACGCGUCGAGAAAAGGUGAACAUCUCGGUACUUGGUAUAGGUCAAGCAGCUUCAAAGGUGAAGCACAGGAUUCAAGCAAUGGUGUGCUCAAGAAUUACGAAUUUCUCUCGGAACGUGAAUUUCCUGGUUCUGCCGAAGGUAACUGCGGAUUUGCCAACGGCGAAGGUCAACAUGAACGGAUGGAAGAUGCCUGACGGGAUUAGUUUAGCGGAUCCAGCCUUUUUCAGUCCCAGUGCGGUGGACAUGGUGUUGGGCAUCGAGUUCUUUUUUGAUUUCUUCGAAUCUGGUCGAAGAAUUUCCAUCGGAAACCAAAUGCCGACAUUCAAUGAGUCGGUCUUUGGAUGGGUGGUGUGCGGAGGUCAAACAAAACAAACGGAGAGCCUACGUGUUAACUGUAGCACGGCAACUACAGCAACUUUGGAAAAGUUGAUUGCACGGUUUUGGGCUAGCGAAGAAGUUGGUAGUUCGAAGAUUCUUUCCACCGAGGAGCAAAGGUGCGAAGAGUUGUUCCAGCAGUCGAUUCACAGGGAAUCCGACGGUCGGUAUACUGUUUCGUUGCCGAAGGAUGAGGACGUCGUUUCAAGGAUUGGCGAGUCACGGGAUAUCGCCUACCGGCGUUUUCUAGGCACGGAGCGCAGAUUAGCCAGGGAUGCUAAUUUACGAGAGCAGUAUCACCAAUUUAUGGCGGAGUAUAUACAGCUGGAGCACAUGACUAAGGUUAAGGAUACACCAGAGUCCAGGAAACGUUGUUUUCUACCACACCAUCCCGUCAUCAAGGAGGCUAGCACCACUACGAAGGUUCGUGUGGUGUUCGAUGCGUCUUGCAAAACGUCGUCAGGAGUAUCACUGAACGAUGCUUUGCUGGUGGGUCCGAUCGUCCAAGAAGACCUUCGAUCAAUCAUGUUUAGAAGUCGCAUGAAGCAAAUAAUGCUGGUGGCCGACGUGGAGAAGAUGUUUCGGCAAAUCUUCAUUUAUCCGGAGGAUCGACAUCUUCAAUGUAUACUUUGGCGUUUCGACACUGGUGCAGCUGUUGACGUGUAUCAGCUAAAUACUGUCACCUAUGGGACAAAACCUGCGCCUUUUCUAGCGACACGCACUUUCAAUCAGCUGGCAACUGAUGAGAAGCUACAGUAUCCGCUGGCUGCUAGAGCAGUUACGGAAGAUACGUACAUGGAUGACGUUAUCACAGGAGCGGAUACGAUUCAAGCAGCAAGCGAAAUUCGGAAGCAGUUGGAGGAAAUGACCUCUAAGGGAGGAUUCCGGCUGAGGAAAUGGGCUUCCAACAAACUGGAGGUACUGGAAGGAGUUGCCGAGGACUAUUUGGCAAUUCAUCUAUCAGAAGGAAUUAACCUGGACCCUGAUCCGGCCGUCAAAACAAUCGAACUGACAUGGAUGCCGAAUAGCGAUCAACUGCGAUUCCAAUUCGACAUUCCAUCGUGUCCCAUCACCUCACAACUGUCAAAACGGCAAGUGCUAUCUGUGAUUGCGUCUCUAUUCGACCCGCUGGGACUCAUUGGUGCAGUCAUUACAACGGCUAAGGCAAUAAUGCAGCUUUUGUGGAAGAUCAAGGCUACAAACAAUCAGGCAUUGUAUUGGGAUCAGCCGUUGCCUUCGACGGUGGGUGAGCUGUGGAGAGCUUAUUACGACCAACUUCCCAUAUUGAACGAUCUUCGUAUCGAUCGCUGUGUGAUGGUUCCCAGAGCGGUAGUAGUCGAAAUACAUUGCUUCAGUGAUGCUUCGACCAAGGCAUUUGGCGGAUGCGUAUACAAAAGAGGUGAGUACGAUGAAGGAAGAGUGAAAGUCCGGCUGUUGUCUUCGAAAUCAAAGGCGCCGUUGAAGACACAGUCCAUUCCAAGACUAGAACUUUGA